CUUUGUAGUCUGGUGAACAUUUUGUUUUAGUUUUCUAAACACAUCAGUCACCGUUACAUCUGCCUCUGAAGGACUUUUAAAAUGAGAGAAAAUGUACUUUGCGAACAUCUAUAAUAAUCUUAACUAAGAUAGAAAUGGAUGAUAUUAAAUCAGCCCUGGAAGUAGAACUAGAAAGGCUGAGAAAACUAGUGAGGAAAUACCGAACAGAAAGCAUUGUUUUCGCAAAACCCAGAAAAAGCAAAAGUUUAGAAUAUAGCGCAGAGCUUAGAUCUAAUGAAAAUAGUGACGCGUAUGAGAGCCACAAUGCAGUUAGCUCGUUUAACUGUGAACAAUUAUCUUCACCAAAUGUUCCGAAAUCGCGUUGUGUACAGUUUGCUGCAGUGAACAACUGCUGUGAGAGCGCUAAUCGUCUUUCAGAUUCAGAUGAAGUUAUACGCAAACCUAACAGACCUUCACAGCACCGCACACGUUUUCUUGACCCUCCAACAAAUAUUGAUAUGCCAUCUAGAUAUCACCCAGUACCGAAAUACCCCCCUGAAGAAAAUUUUACUUAUACUGCUAUGGAUUUGAUAGAAAGGAGGAGAUUUCAGGAAUCAUUUUUACAUUUACAUGAAUUUUACCGGAAAAACUAUCCACUUGAUAGUGAAUUGGUAAUUGAGUUAAGAACUCUACGUGGAGUCUAUGAGCAUACAGGAGGUCGUAACCUAGCUCUUAUGGCUGCUCUUGAAAAUACACUUGAAGAGGCCUUGAAAGUGGAAAAAGAUAGGAGAUUAACGAUACUGGACGGCAUCAACAAACCCAAUAAACCUGAUUAUUUUUCACCUCAAUAUGAGAGAGAUUAUCGUUGGCAAGCAGCAAUACGAGCUUAUGAAAUUGAACAAGCCAAUAGAGAAUUUCGAUUAAUACAAUCAGAGUUAGAACGACUUAAAGCUUUACAAGCAGAAAGACGAAAUCAACAAGAAUAA